CCUCAGCUUAGUUCUGUGCAUUGGGGAGAUGAUUGGCUACCUGAUAUUGUUUUAUACUGCAAUACUUUAGAUUCCAAUAACAAUGCACAUACAUUUAUAACUUAUAAGUACCUAAUGUACGUAAUAAACAAUUGAGGUAAAUACCAACUUCUAUUAAAUCAACCAUAAAUGCUUUACGAGCCGGAAGCACGCGAGACUUGAGAGAGGAUUCCAAUCGGUUGAUGGAUAUAGGGGCAGUGUUAUCCCCCGCUUGAGUGACCCCUGCCAAGGUCGAACUGAAGCUGGCAAUUCAACAGGUUCGCUUAAUGAACAACAACACUCGCCGACAACAAGAGUAAGCUGGCCAUUAUGAAAUCAUACUUUCAGAAAUUCAUAUCAUUCUCGUCGAGGAAAUCUGGGCCAUGGCCGAGAGUUAUCAAGCUUCAAUCGCUCCAGCACCACCGAGCACCCAGGGCGAAUUUAUCUGCGACAAGUGCAAGGCCAUAGAUUUCAGCAAAGCCUUGGCAGUACCGCCGGCCCACCUCCGCGAGGCCAUAGGCCGGAAGUGCGGUGUUCUGCUCGACACGGACGCUUCGCGGUAUGCGCGCUUGCUAAACACCGAAUGUAGGCUUUGCCGCAUUCUGCGUUCCACGAUAUGCUGGUAUCACGGGGAGUGGUCGGACCCUGAUAUGCAGGCCGGACAGGAUACUACAGACAAAUUUGAGCUAUACGCGUUCGCCUCCUCGAGAAAUGUGCCCUGGGGGUUUAGGAAACCGGGACCCGAUCAAGACUUUCAUAUCCUUAUUACCCUUCCCACCGGCUUCUUUGCUAGUUUCGGGGACCAUUCUAGGGAGUGCGGGCGGGGUGCAGCGGGAUAUGUUUUCUGCUUUGCUGAGCAUCCUAAGCCGGGUCUCUUUAGGCCCCAGGUAGUCCCCCGACGAUUUGAUUAUCAACGGGCCCGUCUAUGGUUAGAUUUCUGUAGGGAGAAUCAUGCGCAGCAAUGUUGUAGCACGGUGGAGAUUGUGCCGGGGAUGGAAUUGAUUGAUUGUGAGACUUGGACCAUCGUGAAGGCGGAGCCGGGUAUGCGAUGGGUAGCCCUGAGCUACCUCUGGAGACAGGAAGAGACAGUAGAGGUGCCUUUAGAAUCUAACUACGAAAGUCCCUCUUCACGGCUUCCCUCUUCCGUUCCCAACUCCGUUAAAGACGCUGCCACAGUAGUAAAGCAGCUUGGGUUACGAUAUCUUUGGGUAGACCGCUAUUGUAUCGAUCAAAAUAAUGUGGAAGAAAAAGCUUUUCACAUUUCGCAGAUGGAUGCGAUCUACCGUGGAGCAGAUCUAGUCAUUAUCACCGCGGCUGGCUCCGACGAACGCUACGGGUUGCCGGGGGUUGGAUCUACGCCUCGCCUACAACAAGAAAUUGUACAACUUGAAUCCUCCACGAUCUUCACUACUGGCCCUGACCCCCGCUGGAAUGUACAAGAGCACUCUCGGUGGUGGACAAGAGGGUGGACGUUUCAAGAAGGACUACUGGCUAAUCGACGUCUUGUGUUUACAGAGCACCAGGCGUAUUUUGAAUGCCAUUGCGCAACUUGGAUGGAAUCGGUAGGCGGUCUUGAAUUCAUCCCCAAUCCGGAGAAUAUCAACUUGUCAAGUAUGAAAUCGGCGCGCAACCGCCUGUUCAAGUCUUUAGGGAAUACUAUCUCUGAUAGACCGGAUAUCCCCCCAAGCAUUAGUGAGGAAGGCACAGAGAAGUCAAAUGGGGAUUACUUGGUUGCAAUUCGAAUUAGAGAAUGGUGCCAUUUGGUUCAGCGGUAUACAGCACGCACACUAAGCCACGACUCAGAUUCGCUGAAUGCUUUCGCGGGGAUUGCACGGGUGCUAAGUAAACUUGAGCCUGCUACUCUUCACCUCCUCGGUCUCCCAUAUGUACUAUCAGCGGGCGAUACCGAGCUCAUGGAUAAUUAUUUCUUGAUAUCUUUCUGCUGGCACCACGAAGGGGACAGUACUCCUAGGCGCAGACCAGAUUUCCCCUCGUGGACUUGGACCGGCUGGGAGGGACCUAUGGCGUGGAUGGGCGCUUGGAUACUGAGAAGUAGAGACGAAUGUUUCCCCAAGUGGCGUAAUGUGUGCAUUCAACACUCAACGGACGAGCCCCGUCCCGUUUCGGGGUACUUGGCGCAACACGGUUCAACAGAUUCCGAUAUUGCGCCACCCUUUUCCAUCUGCUUCGAAGCCAGAGUGGUACCUUCGUCGCUUUUCCAGUUUAACGUCAGAGAGCCUGGUGACGGUCGUGUGAUUAGGUCUAAUAGAGGAAGCGAGGAAAACACAGGUGACGAAGAGGAUGACAGCGAUAGUAGUAGUGUGGAUGAUGAAGAUAAUAACGGAAAUGGUAGUGAGGGUGAAUCUCAGCAUGAUGACCACAACACCAACGACGAUAGCAAUAAUGAAGAAACUCAAAAUGAUGACGAAGAUGACGAGGAGGAUAACGAAGAUUCGCUAGAAAGCGAUCCAGUUGUCGCCGAUCCCAAUGACUGGGCCUUGUGGACUAUCGAUAGACACGGCGUGCCCGAUCGAAUAGCAAAGCCCACGAAUACGCCGAGGGAGUUUCUCGACCGCUUAGAUGACGGUACCUGGACAUGUCUCCUAAUCGGUGAUUUCUUGGGGAAUAAUGAAUUCACGCAUGAGAGGUUUCUCUUAGUCGUGGAGUGGUUGGAUAAGAACACGGCGACUCGAGUUGGUGCCCUUGUACUCGAACAGCAUCCUUAUUUAGAUGCUGCUUAUCCUGAUUUCUUCGACGAGAGCAGUCUGGAUUGGAGAAGUGUUCGGUUGGUUUAACGGUGUUGAGUAAGGAGUGAAGAAUUGAGAAUUCCAGCCGCCAUUUUUCGGUUCCAUACUUGCUAUUAUAUUGUCAUAUAACAUCUUUAUAAGAGGAACAAGUACGCAUAGACUAUUUUCAAGGUUGUGCAAUAUAAUGCUCCCGGGUAUCUAAUUCAAUUAUACUGACAGCGCUUAAAGCGACUGGGGAAAACAAUAGGCAGGCAUAAACAAAACUUUCAACUUGAAUAUCAAAUUACCCAUAUAAUUCAUACGAGCCACACCUAAAUUGCCC